AUGAGGGGCAUCGAAGUCAAGGAAUACGUCAAGGGCCCUAAGGAGUUGAAGGUCACUGACCUGCCCGACCCCACGCCCAAGAAAGACGAGUAUCUCAUCCAGGUCCAUGCCGCGGCGACAAACUUUUUCGAUAUCCUGCAGAUUCAGGGCAAAUACCAGAACCAGCCUCGUAUGUUCCUCGCUCACAUGAGCUUUGCUCUUGAUUUUCUCAUGAUGACAUCUCCAUUAACGAAUCCCCAGCCUUCCCCUUGGGUGGCAGGUGCCGAGUUCGCCGGGCAUCGUGCUGAAGACGCCAGCCGGCUCCCAAGUCGUCUAAGUUCCCCGUCGGCUCGCGCGACUUUGGCGCGACCCAGGGCGUGUCGCAGAGUCUCUCUGCUGCCGUACUGA